CCUUCGUCCUCCAGCCCGAGAUCGUCGACGCUCGAGUUCUGGCGUCCCUCAUCCUCGCCUCGAGAUUAGAUUCGUGGGGCCUUUGCUUCUCUCGCGGUACUUUCAGUCAGAGCACCCUCUCCCGCCGCAAGCUCCUCCAUCACCACCACCACCACCACCACCACCACUACCACUACCAACCACGACCACAGCCACCAUCUUCAUCCCCAUCAGCCAGCUUUUGCAGCAGAAUUGGCCUUCUUCUCCCUGCGCUUGCUCGUCUUCUUUCCUGUCUUCGCUCUCAUCUCUUCUCGUCCUUUGCUCUCAGCGCAGCCAGGGUAGUGACCGUUCCGCUGCGGAGGGAACGCUAAGCUGCAUCUGGGCGAGAUAGCGACGGGACAAAGGCAGACCUCGGUGGGUCGCAACAAAGGACAGCCCACAACGCGUACGCUCUGGUGCGGUCGUUGGCAGUCGCUCUUUUGAUUUAAUUUCCUCCCCCUCAUCGUCUCUGCUCCAAAUCUGCUGCUCCGAUUCGCACAACCAGGCGCGACCGUCCACCGUCCGUCCGCAUCCCGCCUCUUCGUUGCCGGGGGUGGAACGAAAUCGAAGACGGCCAGGAAGACCGCAGCGUGAGCGGCGUCAUCCAGUCACCGGCAUCAACAAGGCGCCAUCGUAUAGCCCACGGCCAAUCGACCAAGGACGCUCGGCCACCGGGCAACCUCAUCAGCAGCGAUGCCGUUCUACCAGCCUCAGUACAGUUACUCCAACUCGAUUUCGAGCUUGCCUCAGGGUGGCAUACCGCAACCGCCAGCGCUGUCUCAGCCCCCGAUGCACCAGCACCAGCACCAGCAUCAGCAUCAGCCUGUUGUUCAGCAGCCUCCGCCGUCGUCGUCUGCUGCGACGUCGUCAGGUGUGCAGCUCGUCAAGGGAGGCAGACGAUACGAGCUGCGUGUCGUGCAGCAGCCCCAGCGGGCACGCAUGUGUGGCUUUGGCGACAAGGACCGGAGACCUAUCACGCCUCCGCCCUGCAUCAAGCUGAUAGUCACGGAUAUCCACACGAACCGGGAGAUAGACCCCAACGACAUUGACCCGACCUUCUUCGUGCUGUGCGUGGACCUCUGGGACGAGCGGGCAGCCAACGAAGUCAAUCUUGUCAGACACUCCAACGCGUCGCCCGCCGUGUCUAUCAGCGCGGCGACGCCGUGCCCAUACCCACCGCCGCCCGAGCGCCCGUACAUCGGCCUUCUGAAUCCGAGCCAGAUGGCCAACUACUAUGGCCAGCAGACCACCUCCAUGGCGUACAAUUCGCAUUACGAGCCUUACAUGAGCUCGACGCAGCCUGGCGCCGGCCAGGGCGUACCUCCGGCCUACAUCCAGGCUGCACAGACGCCCGUGUCCAUCGUGCCCAACCACAGCCAGGGCAUGUACACUCGCAAUCUGAUCGGCUCGCUCGCCGUCAACGCCGCCAAGCUCAACGACGACAAGAACAAGGUCGGCUUGUGGUUCGUGCUGCAGGACCUGAGCGUGCGUACCGAAGGUGUCUUCCGCCUACACAUGCGUUUCAUCGACGUAUCGUCCGACGACCCGAACGGCUCCACGACCUUGAACCACGAGCACGCCCCCGUGCUAGCGAGCUGCUACAGCGACUCCUUCCAGGUCUACUCUGCCAAGAAAUUCCCCGGCGUCGUCGAGAGCACGCCACUAUCUAGAGCGUUCGCCACGCAGGGCAUCAAGAUUCCCAUCCGCAAGGAUGCCAAGAUUGCCAACCAGGCCGAGUACGAUGCUGACGACAAGUGAUACUUUUUUUAUGGUUUAAUUUAGCCCCUUCCACGGGAUCUGACGGGGAAAAAAGUUAUCAAAUACCACUGCUGCUGUGCGGUGGACUGCACAUUAUUCAAACCAAGAUGCCUUGGGAAGUCGACUGCAUGACCAGGAUGGCAGCGCACGCCGUCACAUAUUUUUUUCACCACGCGAUACGCAGUCUAGGACACGAAACCGGCGGAACGGGAUUAUUCUACGCGGACAUCAUGGGAGGCAACAUCAAAGAAGAAGGGAAUUGAGAGCAGGGUGAGGAGAGGGAGGGCUUUGGAGCAUUCUUAGAACAAUUGUUUUCCUGUUUCUCUUCUUGUUUCACUUUCUUCUUUUCGCUCAUUUCUCUCUCUCUCUCUCUCUCCCCCUCUUCCCUCCUCGAGUCCCCGCUCACCUCAUUUUCCUCCCUGUACCCGGUAUUUCUUCACGGCGUUUUGGGCGUCUCGAAAGUCCUAUGUCCCAACACAAAAAAGGAGUGGGUGGCAUUAAUGCAUACAACUUCUGUUGCGUGACACUCCCUCCCUUAUUCCGUCUGUUCGUCCUGCUUGGAUGAGUUUUCUCAUCUGCGAGGAGGUGCAAAAAAUGGAGGGAGGAAACAGGUUAGUCCGGUGGGAACGGGGUGGCUUUCUAAAGACUCUCACGAUUUUCGGACUCGAUGUGAUUUCGCUUGGUUUCUGGUCGGUGGACGUCUUAAGGGAAAAGGAAAUCUGGUCGAUGCUGUGAUCUAGUUGCUAGUAUCUAUACAGAUUGGCAGUGUUUUUGUCCUGCCCUAAUUUCGCCGCCCGAAUCUCAAAAAGGCGUGGAAGAAGACAUCUCACACCAGUCGCCCAAGAUGUUGGCGACGUGGAUGCGCUGAAUGGCAAGUUGUUCUCCAUUCU